AACAACUACAUCCCGCUUCUGAACCUAUCAGCACUCCUUUGAUGCGUGCGUGAUCCCGAACCUCAACAAAGUAACUUGAAUAACUCGCCUCGCAGAGCACUGCGUGACCUCCUCGAGGGGAACACGCGCGCGAACCUCAGCGACCCCUGCUGCGCACACGCUGCCAUCGCUACGAGCGCUAGCACUCUAAGCAGGCCGGCGUGCUUCCCGCGCUCCUCGCUUCUCACGCACGCUCCCCCCACGCGCUCAGAGCGCCGCGUCGUUUGAGAUGCCGCACUGGGAGCGCAAGUCAGACGACCUUGUCCGUUUCAACGACCAGGAAAAGCCGCCGCAGCAGCAGCAAAUGGCCCCACCGCAGCAGCAGUGGCUGCAACAGAAGCAGCAGGGUCGUCCUUGUGUGAUGUCUGACUCGGCGACGUCGUCGGCCGGGGAGCGGCUCAGGCUCCAGAUGGCCGCAAUGAAGAUCAACAGCGAUAUCUGCAACAGUGGCAGCAGCAGCAGCGGCGGCGGCGGCCAGAGCGGCGGCGCCAGCGGCGGCAAGGGCGCAAGCGGCGGCAGCGGCAUUGCUGCUGGCGACGACGUGGGUGCUGGCAGCGACGUGGACGCCGCACUGUCAGCAGCAACAUGCGGGCGGCGGCGGCUGCAGUACGAGGGCACCGCUGAGCAGCUGCGCCAGGGCGCUGGCGCGGGCGCGGGCGCCGGAGGAGCAGACGGCGCGGAAGCAGCAGAUGGCAGCACGGGUGACCAGGAACCCGACCCCUAUGUUCCCACCGGCCCCCUCGCCGCCACUGACGCCACCGACGCCGACGCCGCCCGCCGACGCGCUGCCUUCCUCAGCACAGCGGGCGACUGCGGCGGCAGCGGCGCGACCUACCCUGCCGCCAGCGCCGCCGCCACCAGCACCACCAGCACCAGCGGAAGCAGUAGCCCCACCACCACCAGUAGCAGCGACGGCGGCGGCGCCAGUCUGGCCGCCGCUGCCCGCGCCGCCGCCGCGCGCAUGUCCGAGCUUGCCGCUGCGCUCUUUGGCGGCGGCGGUGGUGGCGGAGCCGCCGACGGCGGUGGUGACGGUGGCGGCGGAAGCCGCAGCAGUGGCGGCGGCGGCGGCAGCGGCAGUAGCAGUAGCAGCAGCCGCAGUGGUGUGGCUCUGUCGCUGGCGCGGGCGGCGGGCCAGCUGGCCGGCGCAUUCCGGAUGGUAGGGGUUGAAGCGGCUGCGGCUGACGCCCCGCCGCCUGUCAGUGUCAGUGUCGGGGGUGGUGACGUGUCGGCGCCGCGCGCUGCUGCUGCUGGUGGCGGCGGCGGCGGGGAGGUGGAGGGCGGCGAGGUGGAGCUGCGGCCGCACACAGGCCGUGUGCAGCCGCCCCGGCCCGGCGCCAGCCCCAACCCAAACCUUGGCGCCAGCCCCAAGCAGCUUCUGGCCGCCGCGAUGGCCGCCGCAGGCGCCCUGGCGCGGCAGCAGCAGCAACAACAGGCGGUGACGCGUGGCAGUAGCAGCAGCGGCAGUGGCAGCGGCAGUAGCAGCGGCAGUAGCAGGGGCGGCGACGACGCGGCUACUGCAGCUGCCAGGGACGCGGCGCUGGUGGCGGCCUCCUGCGCCCUGGAUGGAGCCAUGACGGAGAUCAACGCCGCCGCCCAGCCGCCGGCCCGCGCCUACCUGCCGCCGCCGCCGCCGCCGCCGCCGCCGCCGCCGCCCGCCACCCGCCUGUCGGCCGCCGCCCUCAUCCACGACGACGUCUACCACACCGACCCAACCGCCGCCGCCACAACCACCAUUACCCCUGGCGGCGGUGACCUGCCCGCCGCUGACUUCCUCGGCCGUGUGCCCCCCGGCUUCAGCCUGCAGCUCAACGCCACCUCCGCAGAGUUCGUGCCCACACCCGUGCCCGCCGCCCCGAGUAGCACCAGCACUGACCAAGACGACGACAUGAACAAGAGCGAGGACGCCGCCGCCGCCGCCGCCGCCCCCGCCGCCGUGCCCGGCGCCGCCACCGGCCACGACCUGACGGCGCCUGAUGCCGCCGCCGCCGUCACGCCCGCCACUGGCCGCCCGUACGUGUACGACUGUCCGGCGGCGCCGCCACCCACCACGAUCCACUUUUGGCAACACCGCCACCAGCUGCUGCCGCAGCCGCCUGCGGCGCCGGCGGCGGCGGCAGGCGGCGGCGCUGCCCCGCCGCCCUUCGCUGCCCCCAGCAAGACCAACAGCUCCAGCCUCGGCAGCGGCAGCGGCAGUGGCGGCACGAGCGGCGGCGGCGGCGGCGGCUGCAGCUCUCUGGGCAGCUCGCCGCCGCGCACCCUGGCCUCCUCUUCGUCCUGCUUCGCCGGUGCCGCGGACUGGGCUUGGCAGGAGGAGGACGACGAGGACGCAGAUGCUCAGCAGCAGAAGCAGGAGCAUGACACCCCACAACACCCCCAUGACGGCGAUGACGACACGUCGGCGCGGCUACAGCUGUCGCCCACGCCCGCGCCCUCCGCCACCGCGCUCGUCGAGCCGGCGGCGGCGUGCGCCGCCUGCGGUCUUGGCAGUAGCAGCGGCGGCGCCAGCCCCACCCCCGACCGCGCCAGCAGUAGCUUCUGUCUGCUGCCCACGCCCGACAAGCUGCCGCGCAUCAAGACCGCCUUGCCGCCGCUCGACAGUAGCACCACGGCUGCUACUGCCGGCACCACCGGCCACGACGACGCGCCUGCGCCUGUCACGCCCACGAGUCCCGCGUCCGCGGCGGCGAUGCUGCUGCCGACCGUGCCCACCGACCUGGCUGUAGCAGCGCGGCAGGGACCUCCGUACGGCUAUCGUGAGACGGUGGUGGCGACGGCGGCGGCGGUGGCCACUCUGGGCCCGCCCUACUACGUCACGCCGCUGCCGCCGGGCCUGGUGGACGUGAUGCUGCGGGAGCCCAGCGCACGUGACCUGGCGGGCGUGUGAGGCGGCGGGACGGUGGGGAGUGUGGGGAGUGUGGGGAGUGUGGGAUGGGGCAGGCGGGAGGUCCGGAGGAGUUGUGAGACGGGCAACUGCGUGUCAGACGGUUGGUGGUGGGAAGGCGGUGGGGUACAGGCGAAGCGGUGAGGGAGGCGGAAGGGGUGAGGAGAAAGGAUGGAGUUAUUGGAACGGGGAGAAGUGGUGACCGCACCCCUGCUGACUGGGGAGAGGUGGACUGUCGCAUGGCUGCUGCUUGCGCACAGCACACGGUAGCUGCUGCCAAGCGCGAGGGUGAUGCCUUGCGCUUUCGGACAGACGAUGCUUUUUUGUGGCGUUGCAGAAGGGCAGAAGGGCGCAUGAGGCUCGUAUGAAUUUUGUAUACAGUAUAUUGGUUGUCUUUGGCCGUGCUUGAUGAAACGCUUACAUGGAUGUGUGUACCGUACAUGUGUCUCCGCGCUGAUACGGGAUGCGGAGCGUUUGAGGGCGAAAGGGACACAUCAGAUGGGGACAUGGGGAUGAUGCUGUUGAUAAUGCAUCGAGAAUGAACGCCCAAGAACGCCCGUGGUACGUGGGAGCCAGGACUUGGUUAGGCGCCCCGGCAUGAAAUAAAGAAACGUUUGUGCGGUACCCAACUGGAGAUUGUGGGUGACCCCUGCAACAUUAUCACAUGCAUGGCUGCACGAGGGAAGAACAGCGAGAACUGUGGACAAGGCAAGGUGGUAGCCCGGGGAUGGGAUGGGAUGGCCGUUGCAUGGGUGGCACGAGACUUACGUAGUGGCCACAGCCACUUUGCUUUUGACGUGUUGUGCGGGGCGUUGUGUGGUUCGAAUACCUUGAAGCGAAGAUAUAAUGCUGCUUGUGGACCCGACAGCCGGCACGCCCCCUUGCCGGCGGACGUGUUCGUUUGUCAAGGGCCCCAGUGGGUGUUGCUGAGUGUGACUAGAGUUCGCCAAUUACGUGUGGGCGUGGGGGUUGUCCACGCGCGCAGCUGCGUGAUACGUAAUGGGUUGUAGGGGCUGGUAGGAACUGCCAAGACCGAUUGCUUAUGAUCAAGCCCGCGGAGGGUACAUCGAGGGGCAUAUUGCCGAUACUGCUGUAACACGUGCACGAG